AUGGCUUCGCGGCUUGCGGCCUGCGUCAGGCCCUGGCCAGCGGGCCGCCUUCCUUUGACGCGGGUCAGCCAUGGGCAGUGCCGGCAAGUUGCUUGGCCCUACAUGGUCCAGAUGCGCGGUGCUCUGAGCAGUUCCGCAGACAGCGAGGUGACAACCGACGCAACCUUCAGGUACAGCAGCUUUAGCUGGCGAACGUCUGCCGGCGAAAGGUAUCCGUACGAAUACAUUGUUGCUCAACAACCUGCUGGCGGGGGAACGGCCCGCAAUGCUCUUGUCGCUUUGGAAGAGAGCUUGCCGGGGCCUGCCAGUGGUUGGACCGUGGUUCUCAUACCCUCGGUUUCGCUGGUUUGUAGCGGCAAAGAAGAGAUGAGACCCCUGGCCACGCUGCUCUCGCAGCGAGGGCAUCGUUGCUACAUCCUGGAGUGGCCUGGAUGGACGCAACACGUUCAGACCAACUGGGCGCUGGAGCGGUGCAAGACGGAGCACCUUGCUGAGGAAUACCAGGACUUCUGGUGUCAGGCCUUGGAGCACGUCGCUCAGCGAGAGCUGGCUGAAGCCCAUGGCCAAGCGGAGAAAUCCGAAGCGAAAGCUCGUAAGCUUUGCAUCGUUGCAGCUGGGAGUGCUUCCGUCUAUGCUCUCCGGGCUGUGAAGGCGCUGCAGGACUUUGUCCCAGAGGAGAAGUCCCAGGCGAUACCGGAGCUCCGCUACGACUCCUUGGUGAUGCUCGCUCCAAGUUGGAGGGCAGAGCGGCGGCAAGGCUGGCUUUCCAGGCUGUCACCGGAUCGUGCCGCCUACUGGAUGGGCGCUCUGCUUCACACCGACUCCCGGGUGGGCCGCAUCUUUCGACGGUCCUACUUUGGGAAGAAGAAUCUCCAGCGCCAUUUCUUCCAUGCGGGCGCACCGGAUGGAAACGAGGAGCGGCUCUUGCAGCUGGCCUCCUGGUUCUUUCAGAGGCCACGACCCUACGCGCAAACUGAUGCGGCCAUUGCAUAUGGAUUCUUGGAUCCUCCUGGCAUCGACUCCGUCGAUGGUCUUGCCGCCGAGAUCAUCACGCAGCCUUUCAGGCGCCGUGUUCUGCUCCUCAGCCCAGAGUCAGAGUCCCAAAGUGGCGCUCAGUCUACUUCGCUGUGGACAGCAUUGGAGGCCGGUCUCCAGUCUACGAAGUCUGUGGAGCGUCGUUUCGUUCCCUCCAAGUCGCCGCUGCCGCAUGAAGUGGCCACUUCUGCAGUGCAAUUCGCUGUGGACCAGUGGCUACAGGAAAACGCCAGUGCAGACGCUGCGACCCCUUUGCCAUGA